GAGGAGGAUGAAGGCUGCUAUCGCUGCAUGUUUAACACCUACCCUGAUGGUACUCUCAUUGCCACAACCUGCCUCAAACUCUACGAGCUGCAUGGACCCGUUCUUCACGUCAGAGAAUCAAACUUUUCUGAAGAGGUCAUUGUUUUCUGCUCAGCUACGGGUCGACCUGCUCCCACUGUCACAUUAAACGUCCUGCAUCAAAAACUCAACUUUUCUACACACAGUUUCAAAAACACAAACGGUACGGUCACUGUUUACACCACAUGUGUGCUGAGGCGUAGCUAUGACAACAGCACACAGGUUGAAUGUGAAGUUCAAGUGCCCUCUGUUCCUCUGAAGAAGGACUCUGUGAUGAUUCCUGCAGUCCAGCUGUCGUCUGAAGAUGGUUCAAAGAUCGACACUGGAUCUGAUGACGCUGGUAUUACUCUGGUCAUCGCAGCAGUUGUGAUAGUCUCUUUAGUGGUUCUUCUGUUCUGUCUUCUGUGCUUUCUGAGACGAAAACUACUGAACAGCCCCAAAUCUUGGUGUAAGAAUAAGGAGACCCUGAGGAACAGAACGACUUUAAUGCUUCAACAGAACGAGCAGGAGGGCCUCAGGCAGCGGACACCUCCUGCUGACAAGAUGAUCAACUUCAAACAACAAGCUUCAUCUCGGACACCACAGUCUCCAGCAGCUCUGAUACAAACUCAGCACACUGUGAUGGCAGCAGUGGGAGAACAGGCCUGCUUAAACUGUCAGCUGAUUCAAACCAAAGAAGUUCAUCAAGUCACCUGGCAGAAGAUUCUACCUUAUGGAGAGAGGACCAUCGCCACUGACAACCUGCACUUCGGUCAAAGAAUGGACCCUUACUUUAGUGGUAAGGUGGAGUUUCGAGAUGCUGGACUGCAGAACAGCUCCAUCCUGAUCAGGGAGGUGACGGAGGAGGAUGAAGGCUACUAUCGCUGCAUGUUGAUGAUAAUCUGUACAUAUGCCCGCCCUCCCUCAAGAAGUAGUAGGGGCGGGCUUUAG